CCAGGAGCUUCCUCCCAGGACACCACCUCUUCCCCUAAUCUCCAGGUCCCCAUCCCUUCUGCCCCAGGGCCUCCCUCUUCCUUCCUGGGGGUCUGGCCUCCCAGGGAAACCCCCUCCUCAGCUUCGGAGGCCUCUCCCCACUCACAAGGCUAGGCCCCAGAUCCUCCUUCCAGAAGACUCCCGGACUCGAAGCCUGGGGUCUUGCCCUGGCUGUAAGCCUUCUUCUCUUGGGGUCUGUCUGCUGGAAACCUCCUCCCCAAGUUUCUAGGCCCUUUUGACAUCCACAAGGCUCAGGCUUUCUUCUGGGUUGCUCCUUGCCCAGCAAGCCCCUUCUCCAGGACUUGCAUGCUCCUGGACCUUUCUCUGCUUCCAAAGACUAGAAACUCCUAGAAACCCCCUCCUUUAACUUCUAGGAGUUUCCUUGGCUCUUCUGAGUUCCACUGCCCCAUGGCUUUAAUCCUUCCCAUUAUUCCCAGGCCCCCUGUCCCUAUACCACAGCCCAGAACAGUCCUGGGAGACCCCCCCUUCCCAUCUCCCAGGUUUCUGAUUACUCUCAGCCCUUCCAAAGGGCCUCCCACCACCCCCAGCUGGGGUCUUUGUCCCUUUUCCCCUAGGCCUCUGCUAGGUCCCUGCACCCCCACCCAGCCACCCUCACUCCAGAUCCCCCACCAGAGAGACUGAUCUCCGUCCCUUCAUCCUGCAAGACCCUCCCUCAUAGAGAGCACCCCCCCCCCCGCUGCUGCCGCCGCUGCAGCCCACCUACGAUAGGCCAGACUCUUGAUUUGAUUUGGAGUCUCUGGUGAGAUCCCCAUCCCUCCCCCAAGUCCCUCAGGAAGUGCCAGGGAGCCCACGGGCCCGGGUUCAAAUGCUGGCUCUCUCUGCCAGCCGAUUGGCGCUGUGCCCUCAGACUACUCGUUCUUCCUUUCUGUGCCUCAGUUUCCUGCUCUGGAAAGUGGGGAUGAUCACUUGAGUCCCUCAGAGGAUGACUCGAGAUGACACGGGGGAAGCCUGGUACAUAGGACGCACUCCGCACUUGUCCGCUGCUAUCAUGAAUAGUCACAAUAUGAGUCAGAUGGGCCAUGCGUUCUCCACCUGGGGGCUGUCAUCGGGUGGUUGCAGGAGCUCACGGAUCCUCUCCCUGCUCCGAGCCUCAGUUUAUCUCGAAAUAGGGUUGAUGAUAGCACCUCCCUGUUAGGGAUGUUUUAGGGAGCCAAGGAGAGGAUGUGAGUAAGAUGCACUUCAAAUCUAGUUUCUGUCCCUCCCUAGCUGUGUGACCUCAGGCAAGUGACGUCACCGCCGUGAGCCUCGGUGUCCUCAUCUGUAAAAUGGGGCUCAUCCGAGCACUUCCUCCUCUUUCGUGGUCCAGACUUGUGCCUGGUGGGCAUUUGAGGAGGGCCAGUCCCCUUCUCUCCUCUUGUCUCCUGUCCUCCCAACUAGUGUCAUGGCACCUUGGGCAGUGGCCGCUCCUCGGACAAGGGACCGUCCUGGUCCAGCCGCUCCCUGGGUGCCCGCUGCCGAAACUCCAUCGCCUCCUGUCCCGAGGAGCAGCCCCACGUGGGCAACUACCGCCUGCUGAGAACCAUUGGGAAAGGCAACUUUGCCAAAGUCAAGCUGGCCCGGCACAUCCUCACUGGCCGGGAGGUCGCCAUCAAGAUCAUUGACAAAACCCAGCUGAACCCCAGCAGCCUGCAGAAACUGUUCCGGGAAGUCCGCAUCAUGAAGGGCCUAAACCAUCCCAACAUCGUGAAGCUCUUCGAGGUGAUCGAGACGGAGAAGACGCUGUACCUGGUGAUGGAAUACGCAAGUGCCGGAGAAGUGUUUGACUACCUCGUGUCCCACGGCCGCAUGAAGGAGAAGGAAGCUCGAGCCAAGUUCCGACAGAUUGUGUCAGCAGUGCACUAUUGUCACCAGAAAAACAUUGUACACAGGGACCUGAAGGCUGAGAACCUCUUGCUGGAUGCCGAGGCCAACAUCAAGAUCGCUGACUUUGGCUUCAGCAACGAGUUUACGCUGGGCUCAAAGUUGGACACGUUCUGUGGGAGCCCCCCGUACGCCGCGCCGGAGCUGUUCCAGGGCAAGAAGUACGACGGGCCAGAGGUGGACAUCUGGAGCCUCGGCGUCAUCCUGUACACCCUCGUCAGUGGCUCCCUGCCCUUCGAUGGGCACAACCUCAAGGAGCUGCGGGAGCGAGUCCUCAGAGGGAAGUACCGGGUCCCUUUCUACAUGUCAACAGACUGUGAGAGCAUCCUGCGGAGAUUUUUGGUGCUGAACCCAGCUAAACGCUGUACUCUCGAGCAAAUCAUGAAAGACAAAUGGAUCAACAUCGGCUAUGAGGGUGAGGAGUUGAAGCCAUACACAGAGCCCGAGGAGGACUUCGGGGACACCAAGCGAAUCGAGGUGAUGGUGGGUAUGGGCUACACGCGGGAAGAAAUCAAAGAGGCCUUGACCAGCCAGAAGUACAACGAAGUGACCGCCACCUACCUCCUGCUGGGCAGGAAGACUGAGGAGGGUGGGGACCGGGGCACCCCGGGGCUGGCCCUGGCACGGGUGCGGGCGCCCAGCGACACCACCAAUGGAACGAGCUCCAGCAAAGGCACCAGCCACAGCAAAGGACAACGGAGUGCCUCCUCCACCUACCACCGGCAGCGCAGGCAUAGCGACUUCUGUGGCCCAUCCCCCGCACCCCUGCACCCCAAGCGCAGCCCAACCAGCACCGGGGAGGCGGAGCUGAAGGAGGAGCGCCUGCCAGGCCGGAAGGCGGGCUGCAGUGCUGUCGGAAGCGGGAGCCGGGGACUGCCCCCCUCCAGCCCCAUGGUCAGCAGCGCCCACAACCCCAACAAGGCAGAGAUCCCAGAGCGGCGGAAGGACAGCACGAGCACCCCUAACAACCUCCCUCCCAGCAUGAUGACCCGCAGAAACACCUACGUUUGCACAGAACGCCCUGGGGCUGAGCGCCCCUCCCUGUUGCCAAAUGGCAAAGAGAACAGCUCGGGUACCCCACGGGUGCCCCCCGCCUCUCCCUCUAGUCACAGCCUGGCUCCCCCAUCGGGGGAGCGGAGCCGUCUGGCACGCGGUUCCACCAUCCGCAGCACCUUCCACGGUGGCCAGGUCCGGGACCGGAGGGCAGGGGGCGGGGGAGGCGGGGGUGUGCAGAAUGGACCCCCCGCCUCUCCCACGCUGGCCCACGAGGCCACACCCCUGCCCACUGGGCGGCCCCGCCCCACCACCAACCUCUUCACCAAGCUGACCUCCAAACUGACCCGAAGGGUCACAGACGAACCUGAGAGAAUCGGGGGACCUGAGGUCACAAGUUGCCAUCUACCUUGGGAUCAAACGGAAACCGCCCCCCGGCUACUCCGAUUCCCCUGGAGUGUGAAGCUGACCAGCUCGCGCCCGCCCGAGGCCCUGAUGGCAGCUCUCCGCCAGGCCACCGCGGCCGCCCGUUGCCGCUGCCGCCAGCCACAGCCGUUCCUGCUGGCCUGCCUGCACGGGGGUGCGGGCGGGCCCGAGCCCCUGUCCCACUUCGAAGUGGAGGUCUGCCAGCUGCCUCGGCCGGGCCUGCGGGGAGUUCUCUUCCGCCGCGUGGCGGGCACCGCCCUGGCCUUCCGCACCCUCGUCACCCGCAUCUCCAACGACCUCGAGCUCUGAGCCGCCACGGCCCGGGUCCCCUCCUCUUCCUCUCCCUCGUCCCCUUCACCUCCGCAGCAGGGAGAGGGGUCAGGGAGGGGCGUCUCCCUCUGUCAUCACCUCGGUUCCCGCGAGUCCGACGUGGGGACAGAGACUGUCCCCCGCGCUGUUCUCCGGGGCCAUUGGGCAUGAGAGAAGAGUGGGGGGGGCCGAGCAGGGGGAGCUGGCCCCUUCCUGGAGCCUCCAGCCGGUCCAAGGCACCCAAGGAGACUCAGGGGGCACGGCAAGGGCAGAAAGGGAAACUGAGGAAACUCUUCCGUCCCCGCCCCACCCCCACCCCCACCCCCAAGAGCUCAAGAAUUAGGCCUUGGGCAGGGGCAGGAAGGGUUGCUGAGCCUAAAGACUGGAGAGUGGCAGGGGGGGCUGGGAGUGGGAGUCAGAGAGGCAGAUUCCUUCCCCUCCCCUCAUGCUCGAACCCCACCCCCUUCCUGCCCCAGGCCGGCGCGGGGCACUUUGUACAAAUCCUUGUAAAUACCCCCACACCCUCCCCUCUGCAGAGAUCUCUCAAGGAGCUGCAACUGUCACCUCCGGUUUUUAAGUUAUUACACCCGCCCCCUCCUGUCAGCCCCCUCACCUGCAGCCUGUCGCCCAAUAAACUUAGGAGAGUCCCCCUCCCCCACGCUGACCCCGGGCUUUUCCUUCCCUGCCCUCACCUGGGAGCGAGACGAGGAGGAGGUGGUGUGUGACUUUGGGCCAGUGGUUCCUCCUUCCUGAGCCUCGGUUUUCUCAGCUGCAGAAUGGGUGUAGUGGGGGUGUGAGGGUCAAGGAUGAUGGUGGAGGAGGGCAGGACAGAACUUGGCCUCAUCCACGAGGCCCCCGGUUCCUAUAUCGGUCCCCCAUUCAUCCACUCACGUGCCCACCCACAUGUUAUACGGGACUCUAAGCCACUUCUUACUCCAGUAGUACAUUUAUUCAAUAAACAGUCAUUGACCUGUG